UUGGUAGCUACACUGAUUCUGUGGUCUAUUCUCACGAGCCACGUGAAAUCGCCAGCACGCGCUUCGUUAUCAACGGUUCCCGCUAUAGUGGUUAUGUUUAACAAGCAAUAGUACUAAUAGAGCUUACUGCUAGUUCUGUAUGUGUUCACGCGUGUUGUUACAGCCAAACUAUAUGAUUCAUUAAAAGGGAAUAAGUUACCAGCCCCAGGGAGCCACACGGGGGUAUAAUACUUAUCAAACAUUAGUGACAGACAACCAUCUGUGCAUAUCAUUGAAAAGCAAUUUGAAAUUCAGUAUGUCAUAAUUUGGUACUAAUGUAAUCAUUAGUUAUUAUGAUAACUGUGUUGUUAUAGGUCAUAAAUUUGUGACAAUGGUCACUUCAGACAAAAUGUUUUACCCGUGCAAAAUGUUGGAUAUAUUGUUAACCCUGCUGUUAAUAUGGGACUUAGGUAUAGCAGCUUUUGCUGAAGUGGAGAAAGUCCUAGAUGUUACACCAAUAGAUUUGAAUAUUGUUUCUGGUUCCACAGCCAUCUUGCCUUGUACAGUAGCACCCAAAUAUACAGAAGAAUAUGGAGAUCAUUAUAAGGUUGUUUGGGUGAAUCCAUCUAAUACAGUUAUAAGUUUACAAGAUAGAAGAAUGAUAAACGAUAUGCGAAUAAGCGUUGAACGACCAUAUCUGGCAGACUGGAAUUUACAUAUACGUAAUGUAACAAUGGAAGAUGGUGGUGAAUAUAAAUGUCAGAUUAACACAGAACCAGUUAAAACGAAACGAAUUAAACUCAUUGUACAAGUGCCUCCAAGUAUUGUAAGUUUUUCCUAUCCAGGUGAUAUAAAAGUAAAAGAAGACGAAACGGUGGAAUUGAGGUGCAACGCUACAGGUGUACCUCAACCAACCGUUAAAUGGUUUCGUCUUAAUCAAUUCACUACCAGAGAACGAGAACGUAUGUACAGUGUUGGUAUGUCAGGAGAAUUAUUGAGGAUACAUAAUAUUUCUAGAUUUUGUGAUGAUGUAUAUGAAUGUGUAGCUAAUAACAGCGUACCUCCUGCAAGAAGUCGACAAAUGAGAGUUACUGUACAAUACCCACCCGAGGUAAAACUACCAAAUACAAGAAUUAGUCAGGAACUGGGUAAAGAAACUAUAUUAGAAUGUGUUGUAUCGGCCUCGCCUUUGGGAGUGACGGUAUGGAAGAAACAUGAACGAGAAUUAAGUACGAGUUGGAAAUAUGAAGUGGAUAUUUAUAAUGAAGAUCACAACACAAUUACCAUAAGUCUACGAAUAGCUAAUAUUGACCACGAGGAUUUCAGUGAAUAUACCUGCGAGGCUUCCAAUCCACUGGGGAUAGCUUCAGCCAAAAUGCAACUCUACGAAAUCAAACCAAAGACAGAAAGACCAACGACUACGACUACAACCACCACGUCACCACGACCACCUAAAAUGUGGAACGGAAAAUCAAUUUAUCUAACUAAACAAAAGGGUGUAUACGAUAAGAAUGGUCAUGUUAUAAAAAGACCAUACGCUUCACGUGGUUCCACACCAUCCACGGCAGGUGUCGCUGCUGCCCGUAAACCUAAUGGCGGAAUAUCAGCAGGCGUAUAUGGAACCGGAAGUGCUUCCAUUAUUGAUACAGCCAGUGGUAUUGGUACCAUCCCAUCGAUCAGCCAUAAUCUCACAAUUUCACUGGUAACUCUCAUAUUUACAAUAUGGCUGUCAUGAUCGAUACAAAACUCAAAAAUACCGAGUGCUAAAUUUGCUUCCAGUGUAAAAAUAUUUCCACCGAAAAUAAAAUUAUCAGAAAUUGUGUAUUAAUCGUGUUUGUGAUAUUACAACUAUGUAUGCUCCAACACUGCUGACAGAAGUGUUUAUACAGUGAUUGUGUUACGUACUGUAAGCUGUUUUAGUGCAAUGCUCCAAGCUGAGUGCAGCGUUCUUUUGUGUUCGCGAUCAUCUGUGCGCACUGGGCAUAUGGAGCUUUGUCGAUGACUAUCUGUGUGAACAUAUCAAGAUUUUCCACAUGUAUACAAAAUGUAGAAUACUAUAAACUUUUCUAUGAAAGGAGAAGAGUCGAUAUUUUAAAGUUAUUGACAUUAAAAAUAAACGUGAAUUUGUGUAUACACACGCAAGUCGGCCAUGUCCAAUAGGAGACAAAUGGGUCAAAGUACAGACAUUUAAAUUUUAAAUAUAUCAGUAGUAUAUGCUGUACUUUGAAAUCAUUUUAAGGAGGACUAUAAAUUACGUUGCUAUAACGCAUGGAGUGUAAGUUUAUUCUCCAUAUGAAGAAAUUAAUAACAUUUAUUUUUCUGGUAAAUGUGUAUCAUUUCUUAUAGCGGGAUGUACUUGCCCCAAAGCAUAUACUCUUUGAGGUAUUCAAAUUAUAACUCGAAUUUUAUUUUCUUCAAUAAUGAAAAAAUGUGCUUUGUCAGUAAUAUCUAGUUAUUUAUGAAUUUGUCAUUCAAUAAUAAGCUAAAAACGACAUAUUGUAAUUAAUGAGCAAGUUAUUUUUCUGAAUACCCAAUAUCAUGUAUCAUAGUUCAUUUUCUAAUUAUUUUAAUGAGCAACUUUAAAAGGUAAAAUCCUCAGAUUUUUUUCUUAUUUGGCAUAAUAUCAUCAUUAACCACACUUUUUAAAGGAUUUCUUAUUAAAAAUAACUAAGAACAGCGCAAUUUUGUAAUUAACUAAUAACGUAUCUUAUUUUGUAUUAUUCCUGAUAAUAAUGUGCUCAUUAAGAUAACUUGUACAUAGAUGAUCAUAUUGAGUGUUUUUAUGUACAAAUAUUUGUUGUUGUCAUUUGUUUAUAUUGAUGUUAUUAUCGGAGCUCAAAUAAUAUAUAAUAUUAAUGUUGUUGUUUAAUGAUUGUAAUUAAUGUAAUUAAUAUUUAUUGUUUAAUAAUUAGGCUGGUGUUCUCAAUUAAAAAUUUUUUUAAAAAGUUCUAUUAUUAUGGAAUAAUGAAAGAGUUGUUGGCAUGUGUUAGUGUCUAUGUCAUUUUAAACAUAAAUUACACAGUGACCGUUUAUUCCCACACCUAGUUUAAAAGUUGCUUGUACAUAGAUUAAUAUAUUAUGUGUAUUUAAAUAUGACGCGAUUUAAAUAAUAAAAGUUGCUGAUAAUUGACUGCUUGGUCAUUGUAUUUACAGGACUCUCUAUAAUCCAUAGUUUCAAAUGACCUUUAGGGAUAUAUUCUCAAACGUUGAUCAGAUCUACAUGUAAACAGAGUUUGAUUCUAAAGAAGUAAAGGCCACUUAAAGACUGAUUAGACCUAAUCACUGGUUGGGAAUAUGAUCCCUAGCGCUAGGUUUCUAGAGCAAUUGUUAUAUAAUGAAAAUUCAUGAAAAGUGAUGGUCCGUCAUAAUGUCUUCAGUAACAUCUUUAACAAUUACGGCUUAUAGAAUAGACAUUAAAAGUGCUUUUACAGUAACGUAGAGUGGAAAACACUAGUAAAAGGCUGAUUAAUGCAAAACAGAAAGACGAGUUCUAUUCGUAGAUAUUUACUUGAAUCUAUUCAUUACAUGCGUCACUUCUGUUUUUUUUUGUUGGGAUUCAAACGUGAUGUAAGACGUAAGACACAUUGACAAAAUUUAAUGUUGAUAUGUGAACUGUAAAUUUUGGAUCAGGAACUGCUGCCCAAGCGGUAUUCAUCGUGUUGUUGUUCUUCUUGGGGUGGCUCUCUUCGAAAAAAACAUUACAAUCGACAUGAAACUCGGCAUGCUUGUUCCUUGAACAACUCGGCAUCGAUGGACGGAUCAGUUUUUGAGAUGACGUCACAAUUCCAAAAUGGCUACGAUGACUUCAUGUUCGGUUCCAAUAUAGUUAUCUAACUAUUUUUGUUAUGAACAGUUUCAGAAGAGCCAUCUUUUUAAAGUUAGACUGAAGCAGGGGCGUUAAUGAAUUUGUUUAUUAAAAGUUAAAAAUUAAAUGCCUCACUGAAAUUCAGUAUUUGUUUGAUCUGUUCAAUACUGUAAUUGUUUUAUAGAAUAAAUAUAUAUUUGAAUUUUCAA